AUGUGUGCUACGAAAAAUUCGUGGAAGAGUCGGGGUCCUGUUCGCGAUAAUGUCGUUCGCUCAAAUGUUGGGGUCGCUGAAAUGUCAGUCGCUCAAAUAUGGGGACCGCUCAAGUGUCGGUCGCUCAAAUGUUGGCGCUCAAAUGUCGGUCGCUCGGAUGUCGAGAUCACUCAAGUGUCGGUCGCUCAAAUGUCCGUUGACGAAGCUUGGCAUCAUAAAUGA